AUGUUCAAAUAUUUUAUUGCUCAAGUCAUUUUCUUGUUUUCAUUAUUUAGGAUUGAUGUUGAUGGUUUGGAAGUCUAUUUUCCGUACGAUUUUAUUUACCCCGAACAAAUUCUAUAUAUGGGUGAAUUGAAGAAGGCUUUGGAUGCUAAGGGUCACUGUUUGUUAGAAAUGCCAUCAGGCACAGGUAAAACAGUUUCCCUAUUAUCACUUGUGGUUGCCUACAUGUUGCGGUUUCCCGAUCGUUUGGAUAAGCUUGUCUAUUGUUCUAGAACGAUUCCAGAAAUUGAAAAAUGUGUAGAGGAACUUCGAAAUCUUUUCAAAUAUUAUGAACAGUGUGAUGAAAAAUUACCACCGUUGUUUGCUGUGGCUCUUUCUGCCCGAAAAAAUUUGUGCAUUAACGAUUCAGUGUCUUCACUGCGUCCGAGUUCUUUAGUCGAUGGAGCUUGCCAGAGGCUUACGGCAAGUUUCGUUCGAGCAAAACGUAGAAUAAAUCAGGAGUUACCUUACUGCUCAUUUUUCGAAAAUUUCGAUGAACAAAAAAAUCUUAGUUAUCCAAAUGGCGUCUACAAUUUGCAAGAUCUGAGAAAAUGGGGUCGACAGAAAGGAUUAUGUCCGUAUUUCUUGUCGCGCAAUGCUGUUGACCGUGCCCAUAUUGUUGUUUAUUCAUAUCAUUAUAUCCUUGACCCUAAAAUUGCUGAGUUAGUGUCAAAAAAUUUCAGUCGCCAUUCAUGUGUUGUUUUUGAUGAAGCACAUAAUAUUGAUAAUGUUUGUAUUGAGUCGAUGAGUGUAACAUUAACAAAAACAACAGUAGAUAAAGGUGUGCAAAAAUUAAAUGAACUUCAAGAGCAUGUACAA